AUGACUCAACCAAUUCCCAUCGUCGGCGCAGGCCUUGGUGGGUUGACUCUUGGUCGUGCGCUUCUCCAUCGUGGCAUCCCUUCCAUCCUCUUCGAAAAAGGAACGUCGAACCCUCGGUUCAACUAUGCCAUCACUCUCCAUUCCACCGCAUACCAGCCCCUUCUCAAGAUACUUGAUCUGGACGUCAACACGCUCAAGAGCCGUGUAGCUGUAGAUACAGAGAGCGGUGGUACCGGAUCAAUCUCGCAGCUCACGAACCUAGCGACUCACAGUGGUUUAUACGACACACAAUCUUCCUUUCGCGCCAAUAGGGCUAAGCUUGAACAACUCUUGCGCGAAGGUCUUGACAUACGAUGGAAAAAUACACUAAAGGAAAUCGAAAAAACUUCGCAAGGCUCUAAACUGCGAUUCCAAAAUAGCGAGUCAUGUUUUGGAAACCUUGUCGUAGGUGCGGAUGGCGUACACUCGGACGUGCGAAAAUUACUAUUGCCGUCCAUAGCUCCAGAUAUCCUGCCAUACGUCGCGUUUAACGGUAAAAGGAGGGUGGCUUUCAAGGACUUCGACAAAUCAUACUACCCGACAAUGAACGGGUCGAACGUCGUUGAGAUGAAGCGCAACGACGCCUUUCUUAGCAUUAGUGUCAACGGCAAGAAGGAAGAAGAAGUGAGCAUCAGCUGGAUCUUCUCAAGACCUGUACGCGGACAUGAGGAUCCUCUGCAUCGUCCUAAUCGAUCGAAUGAAGACGCAAAUAAUAUACCCGAAGAGCUAUUUGCGGAGAUUAGCGCUAUGGGAGAUCUCGAAGCUCCUUUCUCCAAGAUUUUCGAUACGGAAAAGAUGCGCGAUGAUAGGAUUCUCCAUUGGCUAAUGCGGACGACAUCGGCAUCACUAUCGGAAUUGCACGAUCAACUAAACAAGAAUAAAGUGUGCUUCAUAGGCGAUGCAGUCCAUGCGGAACCUAUUGUGGGAGGAAAUGGGGCAAACGCGGCGAUUAUCGAUGCGUUGACGCUUGCAGAUGCCAUUGGAAAAGAAGAAUCAGAUGGUAUAUCUUCGUGGUAUAUUGAUCGACAUACAGCUUGGAGUAAAGGAAAGGAGGGGAGCCAGCGGUGUAUCGCGCGGAUACACGAGCCCCCAAAAUCACGAGUUGCAAGCCUUUAG